UUUAUUGACACUUGUAAAAAAUCAUGAAAUCUUUCCUGAUACAACUAGUUUUCUUUAUUACAUUCUGUAGCUUGUUGCAAAGUGCUCAUGCAGGGUUUGGGCCUUGUCCUGAUUCCCCUAAUGCUUAUGAUGACUUCAGUGCCAGCAAGUUUAGAGGACUCUGGUAUCUUUAUAGUACAUCCAAUGGAUACUACGACUCUUACAAAGAUGAAUGCAGAACUGACCUUGUGAUGUCGAGGGGUAAUGAAACUGUAGGGCUAGAUUUUAAGGUCCUAACUUCAACACAAGAUGCCAAUAACUCUAGUAGAACUGAGAGAUGGGUGAGGAAGUAUGAUUUUCAGAGUGAACAUGACCCACAUGCUACUUUUGUUAGCGAAGGAGGCUUCUGGCCUCAGCAUGUUACUGUAGUCAAGACUGAUCAUUUCUCAUAUGCAAUUCUAGAAGUAUGAAGAUCCAUUGGUCUCUAUCAUUGGAGUCAUUAUGAAAUUUUAUCCAGAGAUAAGCUCCCUUCAAAGUAUCACAGAAACCAAAUCGCAAAAGAGACUAAGAAGUUUGGAUAUCACCAUAAGACUGACUUCAAGAGAGCUGAAACAUUGAAAUGCUAUACUCCAGAGGAAUCAGGGGAAUAAAUAAUUGGAUAUCCAACUGUGUAAUGCAAAAU